AUGGGCUGCGAAGGCUGCCAUUGCCUGCCAAAGCCAAGACCAGCCUCGCACCACGUGCCGAGGCACAGCAACGCGCCAGAAUACCGCGCAGCAGGGGCUGCCUCAGCAAUGGGCAAUGCCGCCGCUUUACCAGAAAGGAUCGACGCGGACACGGCCCGCGCCUUAGUGGGCUCGGACCGCCUCUUCCAGUCGCUCCUCCCGCGAGCGCCCUGGGCCGUCCAGAAAUUUAGAAGGGGCGAGACGAUCUCGCGGUCCGAAGCGCGCCUCAUCUGGGAGCGCGAGACCUACGAGGGCGCGGCCCGCGCGUCCUCGGACAAGGUCCAGGAGCAUUUGCUGCCCUCGAAGCAGCGCUACGACACGUCGGAGUUCGACGGCGACGCGAAGCGGGCUGUGGCCGCGCUCGAGCGGCGGCUGUUUGAUGCGCUCACGGAGCUGAAAGGGCUGAGACCCCUGCGACGGGAGGCCGCGGAACUACCUAUUUUGAGAGGGAAGCUACGACGGGCCACGGAAGACGUGGAGAACGUGUCGCGGACCUGCGAGCAGCUGGAAAGGAGGCUCGCCGCCGCCAAAUGCGAGCUCGACGGCUACAAGCGCCACGAGGGCCAGGCCGUCGACGCCCUGAAGAGGAGAAGUGUGAAAUUGGAGAGGAAGCUCGCGGACGCCCUCGAGGAGCGCGAUAUCGCGCGGCGCGAGGCCGACGAGUUGCGCAAGGACGCGGACGCGUCGCGGGCGGAGUUGCGGGAGCUGUCGAAAACGCAGUCGCGGCAGCUCGACGCCGUGCCCGAGACCCUGGCGACGACGGGGCCGUCGCGGCGGCGGUCGCCGUCGCCUCGGCGGUUGCGGAGCCCGUCGCCCGCGAAGGAGGACCCGUCGAAGACGGGGCCCCAGCGCGUCGAGCGCGACGCGUCGCCCGCCAGGAGCGCCUCGCCGGCGAAGAGCGACGCCUCGGCGAAGAAGCGCGACGCCUCGCCGGCGCCGGCCGAGUCGCCCAAGGGGCGCGACGCGUCGCCCGAGCGCGAGCCGGAGGCGAAGUUCGCCGUCGGCGCCGCGGUCGAGGCCCGAUAUCGGGGCAAAAAGAAGUUCUACCCCGGGAAGAUUUUGAAGGUGCUCGGCGACCAGAAGUACGAGAUUGAGUAUUCGGACGGGGAUGUCGAGAGGGGUGUCGACGAGGAGAUGAUCCGCGCCCUGGAGAAGGAGGACUCGCCCGCCAAGCGCGACGCGUCGUCGGAGCGCGAGACGUCGAAGUUCGCCGCCGGCGACGCCGUCGAGGCGCGCUUCGGCGGGAAGAAGAAGUGGUACGCCGGGAAAAUUCUCAAGGUGCUCGACGGCGCCCGCUACGAGGUCGAAUACGAUGAUGGGGACGUGGAAAAGGGCGUCGACGAGGAGCUCAUCCGGGCCCUGGUGACGGCGCCGGCGCCGGCGCCGGCCGCGGGCGCGUUCGCCGUCGGCGCGAAGGUCGAGUGCCGCUACAAGGGCAAGAAGCGCUACUAUCCCGGGACCAUCGCUGACUAUGAAGAUGGUGUCUAUGCUAUUGAUUAUGACGACGGGGAGAAGGAAUCUGGUGUAAGCGAGGAGCUCAUCAGAGCCGUCGAGGAGGCGCCAGCACCCGCCCCGGCCGCGGCGAGCGGCAAGUACGCCGUCGGCGCCAAGGUCGAAGCACGCUACCGCGGCAAGAAGAAGUGGUACGCCGGCGAGGUCACGAAGGCCGACGGUGACGUUUACUCGGUGACUUACGAGGACGGCGAUGUUGAGGACGGCGUGGCCGAGGAGCUCAUCCGCGCCGUCGAGGAGGCCGCGCCCGCGCCCGCGCCGGCCGCAGCGGCCGAGGAAGGCAAGUACGCGGUGGGUUCGAAGGUCGAAUGUCGAUAUAAGGGCAAGAAACGCUACUACCCAGGACGCGUCGCUAGCUACAGCGGCGGCGAAUACUCUAUUGACUACGACGACGGCGAAAAGGAGUCUGGGGUGGCGGAAGAGCUCAUUCGAGUACUGGAGGAGGCUGCGCCUGCGCCCGCGUCGGCCUCGGCGGCCGAAGAGGCCACGAGUGAUGGCUUCGAGGCCGGUAUGCAGGUCGAAGCUCGCUACAAGGGAAAAAAGAAAUGGUAUAAGGGUACGGUGAUGAAGCGCAACGACAAUGGCACCUACGAAAUCAUGUACGACGACGGGGACAAGGAGUCUGGAGUCGCGGCCGACUUCGUCAAGGCCGCCGAAGUGGUCGCGUCGGACGAGGCCGCGCCGGCGCCGGCGCCGGCCGCUCGUGCUGCGAAGGUGUUCGGCAAGGGCGACAAGAUCGAGGCUCUUUACAAGGGGAAAAAGAACUGGUAUGCGGGCGUCGUCGACCGAUACGAUGCUGAUACUGAGACGUACGACGUCACUUAUGAUGAUGGUGAGGUCGAGAAGGGCGUAAAACAGGAGAACAUUGCGCGGGCGCCCGGCGACUCAGAACUGGAGGUUGGUCAAAAGAUUGAGGCGAAGUAUCGCGGCAAGAAGAAGUACUAUCCGGGCAAGAUC